AUGAGUGGCCUAUACAGACUUCUAUUUACCAAAUUACAAUUACCAUCUCCCUCAGCUAUCCAGGGAAAGACCAUCCUCAUCACCGGUGCAAAUACCGGUCUUGGUCGAGAAGCUGCUAGACAUGCACUGGCUCUAGACGCCAGCACAGUCAUCCUAGGCGUUCGAAGCCUCUCCAAAGGCGAAGAAGCGAAAAUCAACAUUGAGUCAAGUACCGGCUGUACCGAUCAAGGCAAAGUUCUUGUAUGGAGUAUUGAUCUCGAAUCAUUCUCCAGCCUUCAAGCCUUCGCAGCUCAAGCUCUGAGAUACGUUGAAGAUGGUGGUCGACUGGAUAUCGUUAUCAUGAAUGCAGGAAUUGCAUCAGUCGAAUACAAUGUCACUCCUGAUGGGUGGGAGAGAGGACUCCAGGUUAAUGUUUUAUCAACUGCACUUCUUAGUUUAAAGCUUUUACCGCUUUUACUACGAACGAAAGAGCUGGAACCAUCGUCACGCCCGCAUUUGACUAUUCUGACGAGUGAUAUUCAUAAGUUGAUUACAUUUCCUGAGCGGACUGAGAAGGCUAUUCUGACCUCUUUGACUAAUGAGGAGCAGUGGAAGAGUUCGCAGCGUUUAGGUGGAGCUACCGAGCGAUAUGGUGUCACGAAACUCAUGGAUCUUUUUAUUGCUAUCGAACUUGCUAGACUUGUACCUCGUGAUGAUCUCGGAAACCCCCUUGUGAUUGUUAACGCUGUGGCUCCUGGAUUUUGUAAAUCCGAUCUCCUGACAAGAGAGAAAGCGCCGUGGGUACUGAAACUGGUUCAAGCCUUGAUUGCGAGGACGGUGGAGGAAGGUAGUAAGACGUUGCUGCAUGCUGUGGAUCAGGGAAUAGAGACUCAUGGCAGAUGGUUGGAUAAUCAGGUUGUCGCAGAUCCUGGAAGUAUGGUCACAAGCCCUGAGGCAGUUAUCGUGAGAGAGAAGGUGUGGAGAGAGAUCGUUACUAUCUUGCGAGAUGUUGAUGCUGAGGUUCGAACUGAGUACUGA